AUGGACCAAACUCUAUAUUUCAUUCUUCUUCUCAUUGUUCUCUGCUCCGUAACUGAAUGUGUCGAGCUGAAGAAGAGUGUGAAUGAUGGAGGUGUUCAGUUUGUCUGGAUUGGUCUGCAGAAGACGAGUCGUGAUGAAUUGCAGUGGUCUUCAGGUGAAGCUGCGCUAUAUCUGAACUGGGCUACUGGACAACCAGAAGGCAGAGAUUAUUGUGCUGUGAUGUUCAAUGGAGAAUGGCAUGAUUUGGCAUGCUUUGAUACCCGACAUUUCAUCUGCAACAACACGAAUACAGGACUCGUCUUUGUCAAUCAGACGAUGAAUUGGAGAGACGCUCAGAGUUACUGCAGACAGAAUCACACUGAUCUGGUCAGUGUAAGAAACCAGAAUGAGAAUCAACAGGUUGAGCAGCUCAUUAAUAUCAUGGUCGGAAAAACCAAUUCACCUAAAUCACAAGUCUGGAUCAAUCUGUUCAGAGUCAGAGACUCAUGGCAGUGGUCAGAUCAGAAUGACUCCUCAUUCAGAUACUGGGACACUGGUCAACCUGAUAAUAGUGGAGGAGGUGAAAACUGUGCAGUGGUCAAACACGACUCUCAGGGACAAUGGUUUGAUGUCUCUUGCACCAAUCAAUAUCCUUUUGUGUGUCAUGAAGGUGAGUAG